GUCAUUUAGACAGUAGAUCUGCUUGACAGUUCUUGCUUCCUGUGCUCUCUUUUGGUUUGUGACUGAAUCGACGAGUACAUCAAAAUGGUGAAUGUUCCAAAGCAGCGUCGUACAUACUGCAAGAAGUGCAAGGUUCACCGUGUCCACAAAGUGACACAGUACAAGAAGUCCAAGGAACGACAGGCUUCCCAGGGUCGUCGUCGUUACGAUCGUAAACAGAAAGGUUUCGGUGGUCAAACUAAGCCCAUCUUCAGGAAGAAGGCCAAGACCACCAAGAAAAUUGUGCUGCGUAUGGAAUGUGUCGACUGCAAAUACCGCAAACAGGCCCCACUCAAACGAUGCAAGCACUUCGAGCUGGGCGGUGACAAGAAGCGAAAGGGACAAAUGAUUCAGUUCUAAGCGUUCGAUUGUUGCUUAUUUACUAUCCAACAACUGUAAUUUACAAGUAAGCAAAAAUGCGAUAAAAUCCGUUAUUACUGAAAAUGAAAUACUGAGGAAAUCACGUCACAGUAAAGAUUUCGAGUUUCGGAAGUAAUAAAUCGACAAA